UGCGGCCGCCCCUGCGCCCGCCGAUGUAUGGGUGAUCGACUGCGGCGGGCGGCAGGGUGAGGGACGGCCAUAUUUGCCGGUGCGCCCGCGCGUCCACAACAAAAAGUGCGCGGGAGCCCGGCGGGCGGACGGACGGGCGCACGGCCCCGCCGCGGAGCCGCCUCGCCGCCCCCGGCCCGCCGCCCCGGCGCGGCCCCCGCGGGGGGAUGUCGUACAAGCCGAACUUGAACGCGCACAUGCCCGCCGCCGCCCUCAACGCGGCUGGGGGUGUCCACUCUCCUGCCACCAGCAUGGCAACAUCCUCUCAGUACCGCCAGCUGCUGAGUGACUAUGGGCCACCAUCCCUCGGGUACACCCAGGGAACUGGGAACAGUCAGGUGCCCCAGAGCAAAUACGCCGAGCUGCUAGCCAUCAUUGAAGAGCUGGGGAAAGAGAUCAGACCCACCUAUGCAGGGAGCAAGAGUGCGAUGGAGAGGCUGAAGCGAGGCAUCAUUCACGCCAGAGGACUGGUCCGGGAGUGCCUGGCUGAGACGGAACGGAACGCCAGAUCCUAGCUGCCUUGUUAGCUCUGAAGGUUUUCCAUCUUUUUCCAAAAUGAGAUGUUACAGCUCAUCUCCCGUUUUGUUUUCAAAAUGGUAACUCCUUUUUUUUUCCCCUCCCCUUUUCGCUUCCAUGGUUCACUAGGCUGUGAACCUACAGUCUCUAAGGCUGAGAAGAGAUUUUGCAGUUAACUAGGAUUUGCAUUUUCAGUAAUUAGGAACUACCCAGGUUUUUUGUUUGAUUGUUUUUGUUUUUCCGUUUUUUAUGCAUCGAUUUAAAAACUAUACAGAAAGUUAUCUAUCUCCUGGCAAACUGCAGUUUGCCUCCAAAAUACUAGUAUCUCAUCUUACUCUUCUCUUUUGAACACGUUUAUGUUGCCCCAGUUGUUCUUUGUCCCUUUUCGUAAGCUCAUACAACUUUGAAGAUUUGGUUUCUAACGAACACUGACAACACGCUUUCGUAGGAGCUGCCCCAGUUUGCCAUCCAGCGUAGAUUCUGCUGAACUGAACUUUUUUGCUUAAGUAUUUGCAUGACUUUUAGUGCUUUGAAGUCAGUUUAAAAAAUGCACAAGUUAUAAAUACAGAAGAAAGAGCAACCGACCAAACCUAACAAGGGCCCCCGAGAAAUUUCACAUUAAGACUGUGUGUAGAUUUCAGUUCUGCGUUUACUGUAAGUUGAUCAAAACAUUGAGAAAAAAAGAUGACUCAGACUGUUUGCAUCUUUGUAUGUAUUUAUUACUUGAUGUAAUAAAGCUUAUUUUCAUUAACA